GACAGCAUUCCGCCACGCAUCUCCUGUGUACCAUGAUUAGCGACGACCUGGAGCUUGUGCAGAAAGCAAGCUUUCAUGUAGCCUGGGUUGUAGUCGGCCCACGCACUCGUCUAAACCCUUUGUAUGUCAACUCUCCUCAAGACGGACACCUUUGGGACCGGCACAGUGUCCAUCUUAGAAAGAUGUCCGUCUUAUAAAGAGUCAAAUAAAGGAAAUAAGCAAAGGCAGGGACCAACUCUAGGUGUCCAUUUUACAGAGGUGUCCGUUAAGAGAGAGUCGACUGUCGUCCGUCUGUAGAAAAGGUUUAGCGUGUCUGCGACGCAGGCAAGCUUUCAGGAUAACCAUAUUCUCAGAGCGUGGUUUACCUGUUGUAAUACCACUGUUAGACCGCCGUCGUCCCUCUAUUUGUGUCCGGAGGAUAGCCCUCUGCAAUGAAUUAUUCACUAGCUUACCACGUCAACAAUAAAUCAAAUGCAUUUCUGUUAUUACGUUUGUAAAACUAUCCUAAGAGAUGUAAACAGCUACCAUUCUUAAAUGUCUAUGUCGAGUAAAUUAAUAAAAGCUGAUCAGACCGGUCACGCGAGAACGAGAUGAACAUUGUUACGUACGAACACAAGGGAGACGCGUGAUAGGUGUUGGCCUCUGUGAGCAUUAAAGGACUUUGCAUUGUGUGACAGGCUGUUAUUAGCAUACGCAUGUUUUGAAUUUUUAGCGCACAUAUUUCAUUACUUACGCCCUAACAACGGUGUCUGCUAUUUGCUGAUUUUCACAUCAAACUACUCAAAAACUAAUUUUAUCACAAACGAAAACAUACUAUCGUACUGACAGUUCAUGGGAGUUUAUUAGCGUGACAUCGAUUGGGUCGGUCAUGUCUUUCUACACCAAGACUCGCAACUUCAACAACACCUUCACCAUUUUCACGCGUUCGCUCAAACCAUGGACAUUUCCAGCGUCGAUUUUGUCUUUUCUUCUUGGAACCUCCCUGGCUUGGAAACAUGACAAUAAGUUCCACCUUCUGAACUUUGUCCUGACGGGCUGUGUGAUCUUGCUAACGCACUCAGCGGGGAAUUUUGUCAACUCUUUCUAUGAAGCUCAGAGCAGAAGAUACUUCGUUUCGCCUGCCGCGCGAACCAGGACACUUGAACUGAAUACGCAAUGGGCAUUAUGGAGUUACCUUCUUGGAGGCACUGCGUUCGCCUACUUGGCUUUUAUCUCCGAAGCGGAAUUUAGACAAGAAUUUGGAUUCUAUGCCACUGGUUUUCUUGCGUCUUUGCUCCAUGGUGGUGGAUUAAAGAACAUAGUGCUAGGUGAUGUGCUGGCGUGCGGAAUAUUCGGUCCUGUGUCUGUUAUCUUUGCCUAUAUAGAGCAAGUUGGAACUACUAAUCGACAGCUGUCGAACGCCUGGAUAGCCACAUACUCCAUUCCUUUUACAUUAUUUACGGAAGCUAUCCUUCACAGGUAUGUUAUCCUAUCGUCAGAUUAUUUACAUAGCUUUAUCUAUGCUUAUAAUAACGAUUUAUUAAAUAUGAAUAAUUGUAUGUCAUGUCGACUACGCGUAACAAAAGCUUGUUGUGUUUUGUUAAUAGCCUUGUGUGAUGCGUUUAUUUAAUUAUUUAGCUCUGAGAAGUAUUCUUUUCAUCGAAAAAUACGUCCACGUUAUCAUGUAAAUUUCUGUAAUUUUUCCUGUAGUAAUUGCUAACUCUCUGAUUUUUACAAUACCGACGUGUAAGAUUAGGUUUUUUGGCAUUCCACGUGCUUCUAGAAGGAUUAUUAUGUCAGUGCCUCGGGCCUGAGAUUAUGAUAGGGUUGUUAGACGAAUAAAUUUAGGGUCCAUGGCAGAAUAUUUAAGAGUUUUCACAAUAUUUAGCUACUAAUCCAGGAAAAACUGCUGCGUCCCCAGUCGUCUCUUUUGCCGAAUAGACUCCCGCGACCGUUCCCCAGCCGCCUACAAUGAUAAGAGACAACUGGGGACGAGUCAGCCAAAAUAGCAGGUGGUUUGCCCACGAGAUUCUCGGCUAAACUGGCGCGUGAUCACGUCAUAUGUCUUUAUAACCUGCGAUCAGGUGUCCUUGUUCCCAUUUUUUGGAAGACGAGGGGAAAAAGACGCAAAUUUUGACAGAUACAUUAAGCAGAGAGCGUGAAAUAAAUGUAUCAGACGUUUUUACCCGUUUCCCCGUCCGCCGACUUUCGUGCCGCUACCCCCGAAAAAAGAACGCCUGAUCGCAGGUUAAUGUCUUAUGAGGUUAGAUCAUAACGGAGCUUUACGAGAACUAUAAGCGCGAACAUGAAUUUCUACAGGAGCAACGCUAACUUGUAGAGGAAACAGUGAAACAGACAGAUUUUGUAAACCGCUUGAACCCGUUAUUUUUUUCGUGGACUCGUGGCCCGCAGCUCCUAUUCAGAUGACUUGAGAAUAGCUGUGCUGUUUGGCAUGCAAGGGCCAGUUCCAACGAAACAUACCAUUUUCUUGAGGUCGUUGGGACGUUUUUAUUCAGCCGAGUUUUACUAAAACGUAGCUUUGUCUAUGAAUAAAGAAUCAGAAGAAAAGGACUGGUCAAAAAGUAUAGAGGGGGGUGGGCCGGAGCAGAGAGGGGGUGGGUCAUGAGGUGUCGAGCCUUGUUCAAGGGCUGGGUCGUGCAAUUUUCAGCUACCCUUAGGGGGUGGGUCACCCUAUUUUUCACUAACUACUAACGAGACAGUUGACUACACUUGUUAUAUAAAACACAGCCAACUGGAAUUAUUGCUAAAAUACUCACAAACCUGUUGUACGAGAAAAUAUAAAGGUUGACAGGCCGCACAUCUAUACGGACGUGGAACCCUCUGUGAACCGUUUUUCUUCUUUUUUCUAAGGAAAUGAUUGGUGGUUCUUUAAAGAUUUAUUGAAGUUAUAGUUGGUUUUGUAUAGGAUUCCAUUUUUUCAUUCAAGCUUCCUUUAUAGUAGACACUGAGGGCUGGUAUUGAGUCACGAAUGGCAAUAUUUCUUUUUCCUCCUUGUUGUUUUGUUUUAGGAGUUUAGACUCCCUUUUGUGAAUUUUAUUUCUGAUAGUAGGUUUUCUAUCAAAGAUAGGGGGCACCCAACGAGAAUAUACUUCAAAAGCAAUUUAAACAGUAGAUAUAGGCAUAUUUUUAUCCCCUAAAAAUUUUCCAUCUGUUCGGAUCUCCUAGCUGAAAGUCUAGUCAUACGAAAAUUAUAGGGAUCAAAAAAUAGGCAAUUAUACCGUUUUUUUAGAUGUUCGAAAAUCCUAGGAGGGGCAGACAAACAAGAAGUUUUACAACAAAUGUUCAGAAAAUUCUAGAUCUCAAAUCGUCUUUCGAACAGUUAUUUUCCGAAAAUUGACGUUGGGUGCCCCUGAAAGAUUGUGUGUAGCCUCCGUCCAUCAAGCGUUUUUUUUAAAUUAUUUUCCUCAAAGGUUGUUUCUGAGGAGUUUUUUCGUAGGAUUCUUAAGGCUUCUUCUUUGACAAAUUCUUUUUUUAACAUUUGGAGGGUGACACGAGGUGAAAUGUGUGUGCAAGAAGCUUUCCGUUUGUUUAAAAUGUGUCUUUGCAUCAAGGAUAGAUUUUUCCUUGGAUCUUGUGCCUUUGUAUACAACCGUGUCUAAAAACGCAGUCUCAGGGUCAAAUGUUUCGGCCGUGAAUUCAUUAGUUGGGUGAUGUAAGCUUGCUUGUUCAAUGGAGGCUUCGAUGUCUGGUUUACUCAUGUCCCAUAGGGAAAGAUAUCGUGUAUGUGGCAUUUCCAAACUGUUGUUCUCCCAUAAAGACAGUUUUGCUUAGAGUUGUUGUUUCAAUAUAUGUCAUGAAAACAUUGGCAAAGGAAUCAAAACUGCUGUCUUUGUGCCCAUUGCAGUUCCAUGGUUUUGUAGGUAGUGCUUUCCACUGAAGUGGAAGAAAUUUUCUUUGAGGAUUUAUCUAAGCAUUUCCGGCAAGUAAUGUGUAGGAAUGGGUUGUCUUCAGUUUUCAUAUGCUUUAUGACAGAAAAUUUCAAUAUACCCUCGUUUUGCUGUAUAUUUGUGUCAAGACUCAUAGUUAAACGUCCAUUGAAACAAGAAAUGUUCGGUUUUUCACAUUCGUCUUUUCAGUGAAAGGUAUGAUUUCUGUGAUUUUGAUAUUGGUUGUAGCAGUGUAUCAACAAAUUUUGUCAAGCACAGAACAAGGUUUUAUUGGAUUAUUAAGAGGAAACCGAUCCUCCAUGUUUUAGCUAGGGGGUGGGUCAUGCAAUUUCCAACCUUGCUUUAGGGGUGGGUCAGUCAUUUUUGUGCCGAAGGGAGGGGGUGGGUCAUGUGUUUUUUAUCAACCACAUUUCCAACUGCUCCGGCCUGCCCCCCCUAUACUUUUUGACCAGUCCCUAACCAGAGGGUCUGAAUGGGGGGGUCCACUUGUCGGUUGUCGGUUAAAAUUCAGUAAUUUUGUCGGUAGUCGGUUAAAAUUUUCGAUUUUGGCCGGUUGUCGGAAAACCUCAGUUAAUGAGUAAAAACGCUUGUUAAUUAUUAAUAUUUUUAUGUAUUUCACCCACUUUUCAAGACUUUGAUCCCUAAGGAAAGAGUAAAACUUGCAAGAAUACAUCAUUUGAUUGCGCCUAAACCGUUCAUUAAUUCUUGUUUUUUUACGACACAUGAACGUUUAUUUCAUCAUAGUUUGCCAUUAAAUGAAUAAUUAGAACUGAUAAAAUCACCCAAGCUUUUAUUGUAAAUGCGAACUUGGUUUCCCUGUCGACUACAGGGCACAGUAAAAAGUAAUUAAUUAAUUACUUACUGGACUCUAGCCUUUUGGAUACUUAAAUUAUUUUUAUUGAAAAACUGCAAGGGAUGACAGGCUGCACAUCUAUCCCUCUCAUGUUUUGGUUCUAACAAGCAUUUCCUUUGCCAUAAUUUUCCUUUCUCAAAGAAAUAGCACUUUAGGUGGUUCUUUAAAAUUUUGGCAAGGUAGUGGUUGGUUUUGUAUUAGAUUCUUCUUUCAAAAUUGUGUGGUUAGCCUCUGUCCAUCAAGCGCUUUUGAAAUCUGAAAUACUUCCUCAGAGGAGUUUGUUCGUAGGAUUCUCAAGGCUUCUCGUUUGUCAAACAGGCGCUUUAACAAUUGGUGGGUGAUAAGAGGUGAAAAUGUAUAUACUGUAAGUUUUCCGUUUCAAAUGCGUCUUUACGUCAAGGAUAGCUUUUUCGCAUUUUUUCGCUGAAUGUUGUACCUUGGUAUACAACCGUUUCUAAAAAGAAUGUCUCAUUUUCAGAUCUUUCGGCCGUGAAUUUCAUAGGAGGGCAUGUAAGUUUACUUGUUCCGCGAAGAAAGCUAAGAUGUCUGGUUUACCUAUGUCCCAUAGGGAAAAAAUGUCAUUUAUGUAGCGUUUUCAAACAGUUGGUUUAAAGACGGUUUUGCUUAAACUUUGUGUUUCAAUAUGUGCCAUGAAAAUGUUGGAAAGGAAACUGCUGUCUUUGUGCUCAUUGCGGUAACGUGGGUUUGUACUGAUAGUUCUUUACAUUAAACGGGAAAGAAUUUUCUUUGAGGAUUAAUCUAAGCAAAAGACGUUCGGUUUUUUCACCUUUGACUUUUAAAUAAAAUUUAUACAGUCGGUAGCAGUGUACCUAUAUCAACAACAAAAAAAGGAAAUUCUUUCCCUUAGGCCAUCUGACGAGUCAUAAAUUUAAAGAGGUCACUUACUUCCUCGAGCUAACGGUUAGAUUAAAUACAAAAUGCUCUUUUGUCUGGAAACAAAUAUUGAUAAUAUCAGCCCAUGUCGAUAGUCGGUUAAUAUUUUUCCUGUCGGUAGUCGGUAAUUUUUUACUCAUUUUGUCGGUAGUCAGUAAUAUGUUUCGCCCUUUGUCGCUAGUCGGUUAACCCCAUUCACACCCUCUAACCAUAUAGACUACAAACUAAAAAAAACUACAGACUACAGUGUAACUUACACUUAAGCUGUGAGUACACAUCCUUACCAUCCUCAGUGUGUAUGUUGUGGCCUCCUUAAAUAUACCACCUGCGACUAUUACAGCAGGAUUAAACAAGGUGUUUACGUUUCUGAGAGUUUUUUUUCGUUAAUUACAUUUUUUUUCUUUUCAAAACUCCGUAAAUUAUAUCGCAUUCGCACUUCCAUUGCCUACAAUACAAUUUGUUUGCCCUCGUCCCAAUUGUGCAUAACUAUAUGUUGUUUACGAUUUACAAAACCUUUCCGGAAAAUUCGGUUGGAUAAUAAAUGGAACACGACUUUUUGGCCCGUUCCUGCGGAAAAUUUCCGGGAGCAACGGAACAUCUUACAAGGUGGUCCUGUUUUUCCGGACGGAAUCUUCAAAUGGUUCCAUUUCUUCAAGCCAUGGUAUAUCUUUGAUACCAGUUUUAAGCCUUUGCGGCCAUUGUUUUGGGACGCUCCAUGCAAAAAGAACUGAUUUGUGCAAAUCAGGAGGCUAUCUCCUGCUGACCGGCGCGUGUGCGUUUCCAGUAACGAUGCCAGAAGUCUUUGAGAAAGUUCACUCGGCUCAAUUUCCUUCUAGUUUUUAAAGUGGCGAAUUUACCCUAACCAUGAGGCAACCGGUUUGCCCAUGUAAAUUAAAUGGUAAACGAGUAUUGGUUUAAAAACAUCCAUCCAGGUUGCAACUUGAGCCUGCAGUACAAUUAUAUGCCUCUGAUAGCAAAAAAUGCUGUCGAAAUUUUGGGUUCUAAAUAAACCUUUGAGCUUCUAUUUAUGUUAGUAAAAUAUUGUUUUAAUCGUUCAAGAAUGAAUAUCCAUAGUUCCCUACAUAAAACCAGGAGCCGAGUGUUGUCGUGAGAAGUCACGGUGAGCGAGCGGCAGGCGAAAAGAUAGGCGAGAGUAGCCUGCGUAGCAAUAGUUUCCGCGCAAAUUCAUCGAGAAGUUUGGGACGAUAAUGAAAAGAAGGACGCGAAAGCGAGCAGCCCUGGAAAAGAAAGCCCCUCCUGGCGAUCUCUCGGGGCUCGCUUCCCUCGCUACUCGAAAUGAGAGCUUACUAGUAGGCAAUAGUCUUUCAACAAUAAGAUUUUUUUCUUUGUUUCUUUCUUCAGCCAGAACACUCGUGACAUACAGACGGACAGGAAAGCCGGCAUCAAGACCCUUGCAGUACUAGUUGGACAACAGGCAUCUUGUUACCUUCACGCGUUAUUUCUGUUGUUCCCGUAUGUAGUGAUCGUCCUGCUUGGCGCGGCUUUAUCACCAUUCAUUUACAUACCUUCGGCAACCUUGCCAUUUGCUCUGAGUUUAAGUGUGUCGUGUUUUGAAGGGGAGUAUUUUACGCUGCCUCAGAAGAUAGCCGUGCUAGAUUUAGCUUUUGGAAUACUGUAUGUAUUAAGCGUAUGUUGGUCUUGAAAAUGCAACUGGUUUAGUGAUUAACAGGCAGACAGUCAGUUGGUUUAUAGGUGCGGUUCGUCUUGGAUUUCUGGCCGAUAUUAAUAUAUUAGCUGGAUUUUUUCACUAACCAGCAAUCAGGCGUUCUUUUUUUCCGGGGGAGCGCGAAAUUUGGACCGCCUGAUGGCAGGUUUAACAGGUUUUCACUAGCGGUGUAAACAAAGGGCAAGAAAAAAGAUCUUUGUUUCAUCGAGAAAACGACCUAGAGGCAUGUGUAAGCGCUCAUAUAAGCAAAUUUUUUUUCCGUUGCUUGCUCUUGUGUGUAUUCUGUUGCCUUGCCUCGAACGUUCUGCCUGUCUCUCAGUUUGCCCUUUCUUUGCGUUAUACGGACAGCCAUAUUAGGUGAGUGUCAAGUCUACCACGAGAAAACAGGGGACUGUGAACAUUCUAUUCCGUCUGCGACCGUUUUCACGUCACAAAAGAUUCCUAUGCUUAUGCCUACAAGAAAACCAGGCUUUAUUAUCUACCAUUGAAGAUUCCAGAGACAGUGCCAAGGAAGUAGGUUAAAGUAAUCAAUAUCUUAUGUUUCACAUGCUAUUCGCAUUUUUUAGCCCAUGUUUUAAUUCAUAGAUAUCUUUUAGCUUUAAUAUAUAACUUCUUGUACAUGCGCUGUGCAAAUUCUGAAGUUGCAGAAAGCAACUGGGUCCAAUAGAAAGAUUAUAUUCAAAGGAACUGGAAGAAUUAAGUUAAGAUCUCAAUUAAGAGGGAAUUGGCCAACUCCUAAACGCGGGUUUCAAACGGACGCUUUCCAAUUUUUUUUAAUAAGAAAUAAUGUGCCUUAUAAUAUACAAUUCCCGUAUUUACUUGAUAAAACGCCGCGGCGUUGUGUUAGUUUUAAGCUUUUCUUAUGGGGCCUUUAUUUCAGGACGGCGUUUAUUUCAAUAUCAUUUCUUAAAGGCACUGACAACAAUUUCGCUAACUUAUAUGUCACGUUAAAUUAAACGGUUCCACAGACUCGCCUUGGUUGCCGAGAUAGAAUCGUAACCUUAGGCCUAGGCCAAACGUCGAACUUCUCAUGACACGAACCAAACUCUAAUUUAGGUCGACCUAAAUAAAGUUAAGAAUCGUGUGUUUGGUCAGACGACGAACCAAUUAACUGUAUCUUGCCAAAAGCAAUUUUAGAAAUAUAUUUCUCCGAACAAGGCUAAAUAUACAUUAUCAUACAAAUUUAUAAAUUAUUAGUUUAGUUCGUCGCAUGUGAAGAUCUAGGAUCUUCAGACGGAUAGAACGCGUUGAACGAUCUAAACGCACUCGACGAACGUAACUGAGCCAGACGUCGAACUUUUUUAUGAACUUAACUCACAAAAUUUGGUUCGUCUCAUGAAAAGUUCGACGUUUGGCCUAGGCCUUACAAUUGUAC